AGACAGACUCAAACGACAUAAGCAUAUGCCAACAAGCAACUGUUCACCUGCUAAGGUACUUUCCGCUUUCUAAUCUAUUGGAUCAUUUGGUGCGGCUAGUACCACAAGUCUUGUACACCAUGACCAAAGCCUAUGACUUUAAUUGGCACAGGGAAGUUCCAGAACCGUUACUUAAAGGCUGUAUUUUCGAUCAGUGGGAAGAGGAGAAAGAACAGAUUGAGUAUGAACCAAAAGCUCUCUUUAAGGUGGACGAAUGUGGAUUUUUUAUUUACUGGAAGAGUGAAGGACAUGAUGGCCAAGUUCUGGAAUUAUCUCAGGUUAAUGACAUUCGAGCUGGAGGUGUGCCAAAGGAUUCAAGACUAUAUUCUGAGUUGCAAAGUGGAAGGAAAGACAACCUGGAAAACAUAUCACUUACAAUAUGCACUGGCAUUGAUAUGGUCAAUAUUAAUUACACACAUGUUGUGUGUCCAGAUGCAGAAACUGCUCAGAUAUGGCAGCAGGGACUACGAGCAAUCACAAACAACAUUAAAGCCAUUAAUGUUAGUCCAAUGAUUUUACUGAAAAAGCACUGGAUGAAACUUGGAUUUUUAGUGGAUCCAGAUGGGAAAAUUCCAGUUAGAAGAAUUGCCCAAACGUUUGCAUCAGGGAAGACAGAAAAGCUAGUUUAUCAGUGUUUUGCAGAAGUAGGGCUUCCAAGUGGAAAGAAUGAUGUUAUGGAACAGAAAGAAUUUACUUUUGACAAAUUUUACCAAAUCUACCAUAAAAUAUGUCCUCGAAAUGACAUAGAAGAAUUAUUCAACAGUAUUACAAAAGGGAAGACUGACCAUGUGGACUGGAUGACUUUCAUGAACUUUUUAAAUGAGAAACAACGGGAUCCAAGGCUGAAUGAGAUCCUCUAUCCACUAUAUAGUGAGAAAAGAGUGAAAGAAAUCAUAAGCUGUUAUGAACCAGAUCCAGAAAAAGCUGAAAAUGGGAUUUUAACCUAUGAUGGAUUGAUCAGGUACUUCAUGUCAGAUGAGAAUGCUCCAGUAUUUUUAGACAGACUGGAGAUGUACAUGGACAUGGACCAACCCUUGUCCCACUAUUACAUCAACUCCUCUCAUAACACUUACCUCACAGGUAGACAGUUUGGUGGCCGCUCUUCUGUAGAGAUGUACAGACAAGUUCUACUGGCAGGAUGCAGAUGUGUUGAGCUGGACUGUUGGGAUGGGAAGGGAGAGGAUGAAGAACCUAUCAUUACACAUGGAAAGGCCAUGUGUACAGAUAUCCUGUGCAAGGAUGUUUUCUAUGCUAUUAGGGACUGUGCUUUUAUAACAUCUGAUUAUCCCAUCAUUCUUUCUUUUGAAAAUCAUUGCAGUAAAUCCCAACAGUACAAGCUAGCCAAGUACUGUGAUGAGAUUCUUGGUGAUCUCUUAAUGAAAGAACCACUGCCAGAGUUUCCUUUAGAACCAGGGGUUCCCCUUCCAAGUCCUAAUGAUCUGAAGAGAAAGAUCCUCAUUAAAAACAAGAGACUUAAACCUGAAGUUGAGAAACGGGAACUGGAAUUAUGGAGAAAGGGGCAGUUAGACAAUGAUGAUGAGGAAGAAAAAGAGGAUGCAUCAGUGAAUGUUGAAAAUCCUACCACAAAACCAGAAGAGAAAGUUGAGGAAAAGAAGGAAGUGAGUGAAGAACAAGAUGCCAUGGCAAAUUACCAAUAUACAGGUGCAACCACACAUGUUCAUCCUUACUUGUCAUCUAUGAUUAACUAUGCAGAACCUAUCAAGUUCCAGGGGUUUGAUGUUGCUGAAGAGAAGAACAUUCACUGGAAUAUGUCAUCUUUUGCUGAAACUGCAGCUCUUGGAUACUUAAAGUCUCAAGCUAUUGAGUUUGUCAACUACAACAAGAGACAGUUAAGUAGAAUUUAUCCUAAAGGAACUAGAGCUGAUUCCAGCAAUUUUAUGCCUCAGGUGGUGUUACCUGAUUUAGCUGUGAUUCGUAUAGCUGUAUUUGAUGAAAAUGGAAAAAUGUUGAGUCAAAGAAUUUUACCAAUGGAUGGUUUACAGGCAGGCUAUCGUCAUAUUGCCCUUCGAACUGAAGGAAACUUUCCCACAUCUCUAGCCAUGUUGUUCAUUUGUAUUGAGCUGAAGAUUUAUGUCCCUGAUGGAUUGGGAGAUUUAAUGGAUGCCUUAUCUGACCCACGAGCCUUCUUGUCAGCCCAGGAAAAGAGAACUGCCCAAAUGAAGGCAAUGGGCAUUGAAGAAGCUGAUAUUCAGACUAAAGACCUGAAGUUAGGAGGCUCAAAAAAGGAAGAAGAUAAAAAAGAUGACAUUGAGAUGGAACCCAUUACUUCAGAGAACCUUAAAACUGAAAAGUCUUUCCUUAAAUUGACUAGAAAACAACAAAAAGAACUAGAAACCAUGAAGAAACGUCAUCAUAAAGAGAAAAGUGGAAUUCAGAAGCAACAGUGUGUUGCCAUUGACAAAAUCAUAAAGGGAAAAAAAAGAGAAGACCUGGCAAAUGACCCACAGGUUCGAGAGCUGGUAGUAGACCAGAUGAAGCAAUGGUCUGAAAUGUUGGAGCGACACCGUCGGGAUGAAUGGGACUUGUUAAAGGCCCAUCUCCAAUAUCAGGGAGAUAUCCUUAAGAGGCUAAUGGAGGUGGCUCAAGCUGGACAGAUAAAACAAUUAGAAACGAAGUUUGAGAGGUGAGUAAAGAAAU